GUUAUACCACGUCUUGGCAGUCGAGAGGUUUAAGCCUCUCACAACAACCUAGGCGCCAUAGGGUUGUCAGUAUCGGGCGAGGGGAACGCAAGAGAUCGAUAACGGAAAAAUUAUACGAAUGCCCGUUUCCAUGGCAACACGACGAUUGUCAUCUAUUUUCAGCGGAAACCGGCAACCAGACGAUGAGUCGUUGAUGUUAUGGUCUGCAGUAAAUGUCGGCGACCAGUUCACUACGACGUAGAGGUCGUCUGCGGUGGAGGCAGAAUCUUCCAGAGUUGUUGCCAGACCACAUCCUAACCACGUUUUUUGUCGAAGAAUGUUAGAUAAGUCCCGACCAGUCGUCCACAUGGCCACAAGCGCUUGGAAUGGGGUCAAGGCACGUCAGAGUCUCCGGAUCCUGCUCCCACUCAGUCUCGUGUGCUUCGUAACCAUAGCGAUCUACCUGCUGCACAAUGGCUGUGACAGGAUCCCUACCUCCCCCGACUUGUGUGAGAUAUGGAAAGGUGAAACACCUCGAACCAACGCAACACUAUGGUGGCAGUGGGCGUGUCUAAUAGAAUGGGACAUGGACAACGGAAACGGCUACCAGUGUCAGAACAAGGAGUUAAUGGGGAACUGGCCUGUGUGCUGGGACCACGACCACAGUCCCAGGGACCCCUGUCUCGUUUACUCCUUCGGUAUAAACAAUGACUUCAGUUUCGAUGACGCAAUGGCAAAACGAGGGUGCACCGUGUACAGCUUUGACCCAAGUAUGGGGGUAACAGAUCACAAACAUUCCGAGCGGGUGUUCUUCAAAAACCUGGGCCUGGGUGCGGUGGACACCGACUCCUUCCACCCCCACUUUGACGGGUACGUCCGACAUUCUACCAGCUGGAAGAUCCGAACACUCAAGUCCAUCAUGAAGAUGCUAGGCCACGAGAAGCGCGUGAUCGAUGUAUUGAAGAUCGAUAUUGAGGUGUACGAGUGGGCUGUCACAGCCAACAUCAUGAAGGACGGGCUGUUUCCCCAAAUCCGCCAGUUUCUCGUGGAAUGGCACAUCUUCCCGAACGAACCAUCCAGGGAGCACUUCAGGGACAUCUACGAGGCCUACAUGAGCCUGAAGACGGGCGGACUGAAGUUCUACCACAAGAACAGCGGCAGCAGGUACCACCACUAUCGGUACUGGAACUCCCAGGCUGACAUGUGCUACGUCAACACCCACUUCAAGCAGCCCAGCUAACACUUCCGUCAUGCGCACUACGGAGUCGGCAUGGGGACACUGGAGUGAAAGCCGUGUUUGUUUGUUGUUUGGCGUCGCACUCCGCAAUAUUCCAGCUAUAUGGCGGCGGUCUGUAAAUAAUCGAGUCUGGACCAGACAAUCCAGUAAUUAAUACGUGGUACGGGAUACGGUGACAACGCGUUACUCUUGCGACAAGCAUGGGUUGCUGAAGACCGAUCCUAACCCUUAUCGGGUCGAAAGUUGUAUGGUACAUUCCGGAGGAGGGUAAGGAGUAUAUAUUUAAAGAUGUAGGUAGAGCUUGUAUGACUGAAGAAAGAAACACGUUGCACACAAGAAACCUGUAUUUUUUUAUGACAUAGCGUAUUGCUACUUUACGUUCCUGCGAAGCAUUUAUAAUUUUAGUCAGGUAUACAGGAAUUUAAUGUUUUAGAAUGGAAUUCACGAUCUGCAAGAAGUUCGUGUUCCAUUGAGUCCUACAGCAUUGAAGCCACAGUUGAACUCAACAGCAUUGAAGCCAUAGUUGAACUCAACAGCACUGAAGCCUCAGUUGAACUCUACAGCAUUGAAGCCACAGUUGAAAUCAACAGCACUGAAGCCACGGUUGACCUCAACAGCAUUGAAGGCACAGUUGAACUCAACAACAUUGAAGCCACAGUUGAACUCAAAGUGUUGAAGCCACGGUUGAACUCAACAGCAUUGAAGCCUCAGUUGAACUCAACAGCACUGAAGCCACGGUUGACAUCAACAGCAUUGAAGGCACAGUUGAACUCAACAACAUUGAAGCCACAGUUGAACUCAACAGCAUUGAAGCCUCAGUUGAACUCAACAGCAUUGAAGCCACAGUUGAACUCUACAGCAUUGAAGUCAGGCAAGGAGGAAUGCUUCAGAAAAAGCUCCUGAUAUAAAACCAAAACCUACAACAACUUCCUGUCCUGUCAACCACAAUGCAUUGAAGCCAGUUUAAGAACCGCAUGGACAUUGAAGCAUGAAGUGUUGAAGCAUUUUCUACAAGUACGUAUCCUUCCUCUGAAUCAUUCAGUGUGCAAGCUACGCCUACAAUAACUGCAUACUUCUUUAAACCAUUUAGUAUCAAAUCGAGAACAAGAACGCCAUGUUCCACUGGAAUGUUGAGUGUGUAAGCCAGACAAUAUAAUACGGGUUUUCCUGGUAUUGAAGUUUAAAUAGCGUAUUUAUGCGAAGUAUUUUUGAAGCGUAAUAUUUCUGAUAUUGUGAGCACAGCUGGCGUCCACUGAGAUGUCUUUCUACCGUUGGCCGUUGUGACGUUGUUCAUAAUUCUUGGACCAAGCACGAUGCAACGGAUUUAAAUUGUGUGUGUCUGUGCGUGUCUGUGUGGCUGUGUGUGUCUGUGUGACUGAGUAUGUGUAGUGAUGUGUUCAUUUCUGAGCCUUAUAUCAUUAUAUGCUGUUCCGUAAGUGUUGGUUUGAUAUACUGAUGUUUAUGUAAAGUAUUGAACAUCGACAAGGUCUUGCAUUACUCGGAUAUAUAAAUACCCAAUAUUCGGAUUGGUAGACGAGGAUGUUCAAGCCUCCUCGAAGAUGUCAUGUGAUGUGCAUUACCAAAGAUCUGAGACAUUGUGGUUUCAUGACAGACACAUUCUUUGGUGUGCCCCUCGAAAGAGAAUAUACUCACCGUCAAAAGAAACGCGAACCAUAGAAACAUAUAGAGAAGUGUGUACGUUAAGAAGAGAUGUUUCCAAUGUGUACCACUUAAUGACAAAACUAACAAUCAGUCAAGUUUUACCACAGUGUCUUUAUUCUUAUCACGAUAUGCUGCACGUGAUUACCACACUUUACACGCUAAUCCUGCACGAGACAAAUGUGCAUCUCGGGUCGUGGAUCUAUAGCGUCAUAUGUGAUGCGUUCAUGAGCGUCGGUUCACAGAACAUACCAGUAUGUUCGUUUGUACAUCAAACCAAUCUAAUAUCUCUUAAAAAUGAGUAAUUCAUUUUUAUAAACCCAACAAAUAUCAUGGUAUUCGCGUUUUUGUUGUCGGUGAGUAUGUAUUGUACAGGUACACCAGGACGGGGGUGCGCACCCCCCCCCCCCCCCC